AUUUUCUCUGAGAAGAAAUUUCUUCUUACACCCACCAGUUUUUUGCUCAUAAUAUUCAGUCACUAUCAUUAAUGGAUGAGGAUGUGGUAGGUAUGGGAGUAUCAUGGAAUUAGGCAGGGAAUGUCUUACACAUUUUAGGCGUUAGCCAGGAUGGCUAGUAAAAGCCACUAAUGCAGUUUUAUGAGGAUGAAGAGUGGAGUACAGAUAUAAUUAGGAAGAUAGUACAGUUGGACGGAAGCAUGAUUUUGGAAUCUUGGCUUACAGUAAGUGAUGACCCAGUAGGAGAGCUGCUGGGCUACAGAUUCAUCUCCCAGGGGUUCCUAUAGAGCCUUUUAUAGACCUUUAGUUGCUCUUCUGGUAGCCUUUACAGGUGUCUAUAGUUGUACUCCGGAUAGAGGCUCUCCGUCAAGUGCCUAAAACGACGUCACGAGGGGAUGGAGAUUCUUUGUCUCAGUGGACUCAUCAAUGAUGCCAUAGAACAUCACAGGAACAGAUACGCUGGAGACGAUGAAUGUACCCAUUAUAUUCCAAGAACUCAGAGUUGGGAUGUGACUAGAAGUCUAUCAUGGAAGAGGUAAAUCACCUCAAUCCAAAGGGUAAUCCGGAAUCCAGAGACAAAUGACAGAUUAAAACCAAUAAAAUGACUAUGUAACCCAUUAUACGGAGCUAUAUCGAGCAGAUUUACACCAAAGAUUGGCGAUAUGUGUCGGCAUUCCUCACCUUUGUGUGGUAUUUGCAGGGUUACAGUCAAACAAUGCGUGUAGCUACUCUGUUAUGAGAUACUAUAGAUGUGCAAUGAUUUAAUCUCUCUGGUUUUGGCUUUUAGGAUUCAUCACUCCCUUUAGACACAUAGAAUAACUUUGCAUGCAUGUACUCUAGAUAGUAGGUUUAAGGGAUUUACAGUUAAGGGUAAAUGUUUAAAAUGAAUACGUAUCAGAUAGAUAUUUGUCCUACUGUUACACCUUUAAAAGGACUAGAACGUAAAGACGGAGAAAAUAUAGGUGACAAAUACAACUCCUAUAUAUUUACUGCAAAAUCUGAAGAAAAAUUUGAAAUAUCAGCCAUAAUUUACAAUGGAAAACCACUGAAAGGCAUAGUAUUGUUAAACACUAUGGUUGAAAAUAUAACUAUAUAUUUAGACGGACAUAAUAAGAUCUUACUAAUACACACUUUGGCUUUUGAGGUUGGUAACAUUUACUGGAUAAAUCAAGACAUUACCAAAGGCACAGAAAGCGUAACGUUUGCCGAAUUUUUACUUAAGGAAACGUCACAUCUAAACACAGGUGAACUUGGCUGCAUACUAUCUAACGUAACUCAAUAUGGUGGAUUCAAUCUCGCUAAAUUUGGAGAAGACCAUGUAGUGAUGAGAAGGAAGAAGUAAAGGCACUCUUUUGACUCAUUGAGAAGUAGGAAAUCUUAGGAUACGCAAGGAUAAAGUAGAAUAAUCUACACCUCUGACACUUU